GGCUGCGGUCGAAGAUGCGUCACUCGGCUUAGCGCUUCCUCCUCAACGGCAAUUCGUCCGCUACGACGAUGAGACGACUAGCGGCACGGUCGUCCUCGGUGUCUGCGACCGGGCAGCGGCCCCGUCUGCGCUGUGCUCUGGCGGCGUCGACGUCUCAGCGAGUUCCUUGAGCGGAUUGAGCUUGUACUUUUAAAAAAGUGCUUCGGAAUAUAUCUGACAGUUGUGCACGAUUCGCGGCGGAUACGUCACAUGGCAGACGCCAGGUGGCAUGUGAGGACGUUCGGCACUUGGCCUCUGCCUUGACCCUAUUUUCGCCAGCGAGGAGAUAUAGACACAGUGCCUGCAAACUUUGCCGGGCGAUGAAGUGCCAUCCGGGUGCUCUCUUCCUGUUCAUGCUGCUAUCACUGCUAGGUUUCUGCCGUGCUGUGACCAUCCGACGCCUCAUCGUACCGCGUUGGGUGCGGAACGGUACCGACACGCCUGCCGUGCUGGACUGCGAAUACGUCUACAACGAGAACGACUUGAAGCUGGUGGUGAAGUGGUUUUUCAAUGAUGGACCCGAGCCGGUGUACCAGUGGAUACCCGAGAUGCGUGUCCGUGAGGCAUUCGGUGUUUUGCAAGGACGCCUGGACGACACAUUUUCCGUCAGCUCGCGCGACGUGUACUCACAGUACCGAGCCAUACGCAUCUUGAGGCCCACCUGGGAGCUGAGCGGCAAGUACACCUGCGUGGUGACUUCGCUCGCUGGCCAGGACGCCCGGCACCAGGACAUGACCAUCUUCGUGCCUGCCAAGUCAUUCUCCUUCAACUACAGCAGCUCGACGGCGUCAUCGGAUGAACAGUUCCGGUCCCGUUCUACGGAAAGUGCCGUGAGACUGCUGUGCAUGGCUCGGGGCACGUACCCUAGGCCAGAACUCAAGCUUUUCCUGAUCAAGGGAGGAGCUAGGAGGGCAGCUGGUGACGCGGGCCUCCGAACUUACACUACGGCCACAAUAGAAGAAGGGCUCUUCGACGUAGCCCUUCAUGCCGACAUGAACGAAGGCCAGCUAUCCACGUUGGCCGAUCUCUUCGAGUGCGUGUUGGAAAUCCCAUACAGCAAUUAUGUGAUGACGCGGAGAAUGAGCCUCGCGCGUGAACUCACCUGGGGAGCUUAUGGCUCUUCUGCCGCGUCCUCCGUGACGGUCCUGUCGUUUUAUUGCAUUGCCCUGAGCUUAAGCAUCUAUAUUGUUACUACGUUACAGAGCAAUGGUUGCUAUGAUGGAAGGCAUCACAUAUUCAAAGGCUUCCCGAACAAACAAGAGGGCACGUAGCGCUGUUACGAUCUGACGGUCCGUGAUUGUGUGGCUGUUUUAGGAAACUCAACUGCGGGAUUCGUGAACAUGGUGCCUCUUUCAUCAGAACCAAAUCGUUGCCAGAAUGGUGUGACAACGCGUAUAGGUGUCUGUGCAAACAACGCAAGUGAACGCCAUUGUACGCCUGGAAUGCUGCGACAACAACCUGUCAACGCUACCAGUGGAUGAAGCACCUCUAUCACCAAACUUCACCAUCGUCCAAUGCCAUUUGCGCAUUUAUGGCACAACGUCUACGAUACAGAUGGAGCCAUGUGCCCGAAAUGGGUCUUACUUUCUUUUGUGAAAGUAUAUUGAUCGCUUUAAAACGUAGGAGUUGAUUCGCUGCGUUUGUUACAUUACGGCAUUUGCUCUAACCCUUACACGUGGCCUCGAUUUGGUUUCAAGGCUCACAGAAUGCACACCGUGGCACUCCUAGAAGUUGUCAUCGAAAUAUAUAAAAUUGAUCAAAGGCAAACUUUAUUGGACAAUGUGUGCUUCGCGCCGUGCAAAUAAAAGAAAGUGCUGUUGUACAGAGCAGUUUCACU